AUUUUAACUGUUUGUGAGACCAAAUACUUCUUCUCUUGCCACUUGGUACUGCCCAUCAUUUCCUUUUUGUCUAGCCCUCGUGCAUCACUUUAAAAAGCUUUUUUUGUCUUUUGCCAAAUUUUCUCCAGCCCUGAUUAUUACCCUUUCAGAAUUCUAAUUUUCUAUACAACUGAUGUUCAGUUACAAAAAUAUUGGAUAACUUACUAAAUGCUAUUAUUCUUCACAGUUGUGUUUGCCAUUUGCCAUUUAUUUUUGAUGCAUUCCAUCAAACGCAUGCAGCAGCAACGCCCCCAGUGGAAACCAGGAACAUCAUAGUAGCAAACAUUUUAAACUGGCUAUUCUCGUGGAAAGUACUCCUGAAAGUAGUAGAUGCACGAUUGCAUGCUUUAAUGCCCGUAUGAUCAUAUGUGGUGUCAAAUUAUUUUGGACAUUUUCUGUCCAUUGGCUAAAAGUUCCUACUGACUUAUUAAAGCAGCCCAACAGACGUGGACCUUUGGUAGAACGUCAAGCACACGCCGGAAGAAUGAUCGAGAGUGAUCAUUGUCAGACUGUAUAAUUUGUGCGGGAGCGCGCACGUGAACGCGCACAGCGCAAACCGUCCUUUUCGUUUCCAUGGAGACCUCGCACGGCAACAGAACGCGGACGGAUGGGUGUCCGAUUCCUGGGCUAGCUUUGAACCCCACACUUCUCCCUUUUUAACUCUUGAACAACGUCUCCUGAUCAUCCGUGGAGCUCUGAAGUCGUGCUGAAUCAGCGCUUCGGUUUUUUGCGGUUUGCUGAAUGCCCCGGGACGUCGCCACCAGGGAGCGAGAUGGAGAAAAGCUGUCCUGCACUGUCCCCCUCGUGCCCUAGCCCCUCAGGAGGGUCCCUUCCUUUCUCGUCCUCGCCGCAGCAGACCGGCUCAGACGGCCGCGCCUCCCUCCCGCUUUUUCAUAUUUUGUCCCCCGCCUCGCUUUCCCCAGCGACGGCAGAGUCGAUUCAGUCUUCCUCCCCUCUCUCCCACUGCACGGCCUCCGACCGCCUUGAGGGGCGAAGCGUGCAGGGCCUCCGCUCGGAGGAGGAUGACCUGACCUGCCUCAACUGGCUGCAUCAGAGGGGCAACCUGCUGCCCCUGCAGGCCCUCCACAAAAUUCCACCGCCGCCUCAGCUGGAGUCCUACACCUGUCCCCUUCCCGCCGCCUCUUCCAAGCCGCCGUACUCAUUCAGCAGUCUUAUUUUCAUGGCGAUAGAAGACUCCCCAGAGAGGAGGCUUCCGGUGAAGGACAUCUACGAUUGGAUCGUGAAUAACUUCCCCUUCUACCGGACGGCCUCUGGGCGCUGGAGGAACUCUGUGAGGCACAACCUGUCCCUGAGCAAGGGCUUCCAGCGUAUUCGAAGGGACAAAAGCCAGUCAAUGGGAAAGGGAUCGCUGUGGUGCGUGUGCUCAGAGUAUCGACCGGCGCUCCUCAAGGUGCUGAGGAAGACCCACAGUUAUCACAGCACCAACAUCAAUCUGUUAAACAAGCCUGCACUAUUGGAGGAAGCGGAGUUCGUGGUGCCUGCAGUGUGCGACUCUAUUGAAAUGUCAGAUCCUCUCUCUCACCCCCUCCUCUCCACACCCUCAUCCCAAAUACUGACAGACGACAACCCGACUUUCUGUGAAAACCCACCGUGCCCUUUGACCCCAGACCACGAGGAGCUUGUCACCAUGGAGUCGGUCGACUACCAGCCGGGGGAGGUCAUUAAUGAGAUGGAGAAGGGCCCUCUGUCAGACAGCGAGUACAUUGAGCUGCACUAUUACGAGUCUUACCAGUAUCAGUACCUGGUGCUGCCGGGCGACACCGAGUUGGACCUAGAGACUGUGGAGAUCCUUCAGUCCGAUGCCGAGGCCCAGGAGGCUGCUGGGUCACUGCUGGACCUGGCAUUCGGCGUAUAUUAAUGCAAUAUCCCAUUAAAGAAAAAAUCAAAAAAAAAAAUAAUGUUUUUUUCAAGUAAGGUAAAUACCAUUGAUCAACUCCUUAAUGGAGUAAAAAGAAUAUGGAUCAUAACAUAAUGUAUGUUCAGGCACUUUUAAUGCAAAAGAAGAAUUUACCAUACAAUGACAACAUGAACAAAGACUUGUGAGUGUAAUGUUAACUUGAAAACGGGAAGGGGUAAGUAUUAUUGAGACGUUUUUAGGUGGUUUUAUACUCAUUAACUUCUUUCUCAGGAUGGUAGAAGUGCUUCCAACUCAAGUAGAAGUUUUAAUUCUCAAGUUAAAGUAAGUGGCAAAAUGCUCUGUAUAAGUGUUUUUCAGAGGUUAAUUAUGAGGAAAGAAAUCUUACGAACAAUCUUAAGUUGUAUAUCUCAUUCUUACCACUGUUACUGCCACCGGUUCUGAGAAUACUGCCUUUUUAAAAGUAGUUAAGUGAAAGUAUUUUAAUUGCUCUAAAAAAAUGGGAACACCCUUCUCAAUUAGUACUUACAAUUUUAUUUCUAAUUUAUUUCUUUGUUGUCAUUCUUUUAAUUGUCUAUCCUAGAGUUGACUUCAUGUAAUUUAAUUUUCCGUGAAAACUUAUAUAAACGAUAUAAAUUGGACUAAACUCUUCAAUCAAUCAUAGUUUGAUUGGAAUUUAGAGUAAUAAUGCAAAUCAACUCACUGCCAUUAAAAAAUACUUGUUAUUUGCAUGUAUUUUCAAUGUUAUGUUCAUAUGUUAUGCCGUUCUUGUUAAUAAAAUUUGCUUAUUUUUAA